AUCUGCCUUGGGUUGCCUUAGUUUGUGAUCCAAGGCAGAUUGAUCUGAUCUGCCGCCCGCCGUCGUCGAUCGCCGUCGUCCCCUUAUAUGGCUUUCCAAGACUUUGACCUAAUCUCCGAGCGGCGCAAGGCCGAGAGGAGGAAGAAGCUGCAGCGAAGAAUCGCCAUUGCGGUUGUAAUCAUUCUGAUCCUCCUCAUCGCCGUCGGUGCGGCGGUGGUGUAUUUCGUGGUCAUGAAAAAGGACGACGGCCACAAAAAGUCAGGGACGAAAUCGAAGACCGAGUCGUCGGCGGCGAAAUCCGCCGAGAAGUCCGUCCGAACGCUGUGCCACGGGACGGAUUUCGAGGAGACGUGCGAGCGGACGCUGUCGAAGACGGUGGAGGAGGACGCCUCCGCCGCGAAAAAGCCGAAGGAGCUUCUUAGGGUUUCGAUGGUGGCGACGGAGAGCGAGAUCGACAAAGCCGUGAAAAAAUCCGGCGACGUCAAGGGAGACACGCUGCAGAAGAAGGCGGCGAUUAAGGACUGCGCCGACCUCCUCCAGGACGCCAAGGACGACCUCGACGCCGCCAUCGCGAGCAUGAAAGGAGACGAUAUCGGAAAGGUCUCCUCGCACGCCGACGAUCUCCACAACUGGUUGAGCGCCGUCAUCACGUACCAAGACACGUGCGUUGACGGGUUCCCGGACGGCGAGGAAAAGACGGCGAUGGAGAAAACGCUCAAAACCGUCAAGGAACUCGGCAGCAACUCUCUCGCCAUUGUUUCCCAGCUCGCUUCAGUCAUUUCCACGUUCGAAUCCCCCAAGCGACGCCUUUUAGCCGGCGGGUCCCCUGAAUGGAUGAACGAUGAGCAACGCAGAAUGCUAAAGGCCGAUAUUCCCGAGCACCCCAACGUCACCGUCGCAAAAGACGGUAGCGGAAAAUUUCGCACCAUUAAUGCAGCACUAAAGGCAUUACCGGCGACCUACAAAGGACGGUACGUAAUUUUUAUCAAAGAAGGAAUUUAUGACGAAACCGUAUUGAUGACGAAAAAGAUGGUAAAUAUAACCAUGUGUGGUGAAGGAUCUCAGAAGACUAUAAUCACUGGAAAGAAAAACUUCGUAGAUGGAGUUACCACAUACCAAUCUGCAACCUUUGCUGUUCUGGGAGAAGGGUUCAUGGCACAAUCCAUCGGAUUCCAGAACACGGCGGGGGCGGAGAAGCGCCAAGCGGUGGCGCUGAGAGUGGAAUCAGAUAAAUCUCUGUUUCUAAAUUGCCGUAUGGAAGGCUACCAAAACACGCUCUACGUCCACACUCACCGGCAGUUCUACCGAGGAUGCUACAUCACCGGCACCAUCGACUUCAUAUUCGGAAACGCGGCGGCGAUUUUCCAGAACUGCGAGAUGGUGGUGCGGAAGCCGCUGGCGAAGCAGCAGAACACCGUGACGGCGCAGGGACGGACGGACAAGCGCCAAACCACCGGAAUCGUUCUACAGAACUGCCAAAUUUUGGCCGACGAUCACCUCGUCCCCGUUAAGGCGAAAUUCAAGAGCUAUUUAGGGCGGCCGUGGAAGGAAUUUUCCAGAACGAUCGUCAUGGAAACGGAGAUCGGCGAUUUGAUCGAUCCCGAGGGAUGGACGCCGUGGAGCGGCGAUUUUGCGCUGAAGACGCUGUACUACGCCGAGUUCCAGAAUACCGGGCCGGGCUCGACCCUAUUGAAGCGGGUCAAAUGGCCCGGAUACCAGGGCGCAAUUAAGAUAGAUGAGGCCACGAGAUACACGGUUGUGCCCUUCAUACAAGGGGAUACUUGGGUUAAGGCUUUAGAUUGCCCCGUUCGUUUGGGCCUCACCAGCUAAUAACCUGAAGAAGUUUCUUUGUUCCGAUCCGAUCCAUUCGCAACUUCUUGAUGCGAUUUAUAUUUCAACAUUACUUGUACACUACAUAGUACAUACCAUGGAAUGAUUAUGCAUUUCGAGUUGCAUGAGUUUUGUAUUUAUUUUACCGCCUCAUACCCUAUUUGGGUUGCAGGGCAGUAUAGGAAAAUCCACACAUUUAUAUAUCUCAAACCCAGAAUGAUUAUUUUUGUAACUUUUAA